AUGGCUUCACAGUUCAGAGAAACCUUUAGGUCCACAUCAUCAUCAAAUGACUUUGAAUUAGACUACGCAGAGUUUAUUUCAACCCAGGCUUCUGCUAUGCAGUGGGGAGAAGACAUCUCUCACUCAGCAAGUUCUCAGGUCAGUGUUUCUCCAAACAACCAUGGCUCCCUGGCAAAGCAGGAGCUGCAAACACUCUGGGCGAUGUUCACCUCCUGGUUGCAGCCAGAGAAGCAGAGCAAGGAGCAGAUGAUCUCUCAACUGGUCUUGGAGCAGUUUCUCCUCACUGGGCACUGCAAGGACAAGUUUGCUUUGACAGAGAAGUGGAAAUCCAGUGGCAGAAACAUGAGGAGAUUCAUGGAGGGUCUGACUGAUGAGUACUUGAAGCCUCCUGUCAUGGUCCAUGUAGCCAUGCACGGGCAGGAAGCCCUCUUUUCUGAGAACAUGCCCUUAAAAGAAGUCAUCGCACAUUUGGAGCAACAGAAGGUAGCAACAACUCCCGCACAAGAGAACGCAAGGGCACUCUUGGAGAUCCCCAAAGAUGUGUUCUUGGCAGCAGGACAUGAAAACACAGACGAUGGCUGCCAACCCCCUUGGAACACUAGUGUUGGAAGUGACGGUGUUAAUAGUGUUGGAACUGCGAGGGAUUCCCUUUGCACCUUCCAGAGAGUGCAAUAUCCGGAGCUCGAAGACAGGGAUGUUUCUUAUGGAGUCCCACAGGUUUCCAGAAGAGUAACUCAAGAUACUUCCAGGUCCCAGGAAGUGUCCCUGAGGGCACCUUCUUCUGAAGAGGUCCUUAUGGAGGUACAGCCAGUGUUUCUCUCCCUCACCGAGCAGUCUGAGGAGACUGGAGACAGCCACAACGCUACUGAUGUGAGUGGCGGGGUUAUUCGUCUCACAAGUGAGGGAGAUUCCAUUUUCAUUAUCCAGGGAGAGCAGUACUCUGUACCUGAUGUGGAAGGUGUUUCUUACAGAGAGCCUCAGGAUUUAAGAAUAGCAGUGUGCAGUACCCGCAGGUCCCUAGACAGGUCUCUGUGGGCAGCUUCUCCUGGAGUUGUCCCUAUGGAGGUCCCAGGCUUCCUCUGCAGGCCAGAGCCGUCUACCCCUAAGUCUGUCCCUCUUUUCCAGAAUCAUGAGGCAAAUUCCACCUUUAAGGGUAACCAAGAGAGACUCCAGAGAGACCCCAAACCAUACAAAUGCGAGGAAUGUCCCAGAACCUUCAAAUAUCCCUGCAACCUCUCCAUCCACCAGAAAACACACAAGAAGGAGAGGCCAUUUUUCUGUAAGGUGUGCCAGACAGGCUUUCACCAAGUCUCGGAACUUCGAGUUCAUGAGGUCAUACACAAGGCAGGGAAGCCUUUCACAUGCGAUGCCUGUGGAAGGGCCUUCCGAUACAAGACCAACCUGCAGGCUCAUGAGAGGAUCCACACAGGAGAGAAGCCAUACUCCUGCUCCCUGUGUGAUAGCAGCUUCCGCCAGUCAUCCACAUACCACCGUCACCUCAGGAAGUUCCACAAAUCAGAAUGA